AUGGCCGCCGAGCCGGCGGACCUCGCCGACUCGCAGCCCUUCUCUCCGUCCAACUUCCUCAACCUUCCCCCAACGCCCCUCCUCGACCUCGACUGCCCUGCCCUGCAGCUGCAGGACGACGAUGACGACCUGCAGGUGCUCCCCUUCAUCUCGCGCUUGCUCAUGGAAGAGGAGAUGGACGGCUUCUUCGACCCGGACCACCCCGCGCUACUCCAAGCCCAGCAGCCCUUCGCCGACAUCCUCUCUGACGCCACCGCCAAUUCCAUUUCCACCGCCGCCAACAGCCGAGGGACUGGGAGCGGCACCUUCACUGCCCUCUCGCCGGCCUCUGCAGCUGGCUCCCCUGCAUUCGCCAACGCCACCUGGCCCUACGAUCCAGCCGAGCUCUCCCAGCUGCUCUUUUCUAGGACAUACCCGGCCGACACGGCGACAUACCCCAACGCCGACUCGCUGGCCUCCUCCACCAUGUUCGCCGGUGGCACGGUAAACAUGGACAUGCUCAACCUGGCGUUCCUCAAGGGCAUGGAGGAGGCCAACAAGUUCUUGCCCGCCACCAACAACAGCCUCCUCAUGCCCAUCGUCUCCGGGGACAGGGACGGUGACCAUGAGCGCAACAAGUUGUGGCGUGCCCGCCAACCGAAGAAGGUGUGGAAGCCGCAGGUGGAUGGCAAUGGAAUGUCGUUGCUGUUGCUGCAACAGAGUGCUAACAAUGGCAGCAGGGGCCGCAAGAACAACAGGCAUGCUGGUUGGGGUGAUGAUGAUUCGGAGGAGGACGAAACGACAGGCAGGAGGAGCCGCAAGCUGAUGGCGGCGGGAACAGAGGAAAGCGAGAUGGUGGACGAGUUCGUCCAGAGUGGGUACCAGUCGCUACACGAGCAGAUGGUGGCCAUGACCAUCAGUGCGGACGACGGCAGAGACGCCGAUAAAAAGAGCACCACCAGCAGGAAGGGGAAAGGGAGCGCCAACGAGGCCGUGGACCUGCGCACCUUGCUCAUCCACUGCGCGCAGGCCGUGGCCGCCGGCAACCGCCCCAGCGCCACCGAUCUACUGAGCAAGAUCAGGGAGCGCUCCUCACCGAGGGGGGACUCCUCGCAGAGGCUAGCGCACUGCUUCGCCAUGGGGCUGGAGACGCGGCUCGCCGGCACGGGGAGCCAGGUGUACGGGUCGCCGCUCAUGGAGAAACGCGCCUCCGCCGUGGAGCUCCUCAGGGCCUACCAGCUCUACCUGGCGGCGUGCUGCUUCACGGCGAUGGCGUUCAAGUUCUCCAACAUGGCCAUCUGCAAGGCCAUCGUCGGGAGGAAGAAGGUGCACAUCGUGGACUACGGCGAUCACUACGGGUUCCAGUGGCCGACGUUGCUGGGCUAUUGGGCUAACCGGGAGGGUGGACCGCCCGAGGUGAGGUUCACCGCCAUUGACCUCCCUCAGCCCGGGUUUCGCCCGGCUGCUCGGAUUCAGGAGACCGGCCGCCGGCUCACCAACUUCGCUCGCCGGCACGGCGUCCCGUUCAGGUUCCACAGCAUCGCGGCGGCAAAGUGGGAGACGGUUUCCGUCGAUGACCUGAACAUUGAGCACGACGAGGUGCUCGUCGUCAAUGGUCUGUUCCAUUUCGGUAAGCUCAUGGAUGAGGGCGCCGACAUAGAUAGCUUGAGCCCUAGGGACAUGGUCCUCGGCAACAUCCGGAAGAUGCGGCCGGACGUGUUCAUCCUCUGCAUCGAGAACAGCUCCUACAACGCGCCCUUCUUCGUGACACGGUUCAGGGAGGCGCUGUUCUUUUACUCUGCGUUGUUUGACAUGAUGGAUGCGUUGGCGCCACGGUACAGCGACGAGCGCGUGUUGGUUGAGCAGGGCCUCUUUGGACAGUGCGCCUUGAACGCCAUUGCUUGCGAGGGCUCGGAUAGGGUGGAGCGCCCUGAGACGUAUAGGCAAUGGCAGGUGCGGAAUGAGAGGGCUGGGUUGAGGCAGCUGCCAUUGGACCCUGAUAUGGUUAAGGGCAUCAGCAAGAAGGUUAAGGACAAGUACCACAAGGACUUUGUGGUUGAUGUGGAUCACCAAUGGCUCUUCCAAGGGUGGAAGGGGCGCAUACUCUAUGCCAUGUCUGCAUGGGUUGCCAAUGAUAAUAUCUCAUUGCCAUAA